AUGCGAGGCCAUGGAACAUAUCUACGAGGCGACGAAUUGUACUCAUCAUUGGCAGGAGCCGUUCGACAAGUCAAUCGUCUCAUCAAUGUGCAGAGUGUGAAACAACGAUACAGUCCAGAGAUUGGUGAUGUUGUCGUCGGAUCGAUUACGGAAGUACAAGAGAAACGAUGGAAAGUUGAUAUUUGCGGUCGCUUAGAUGCCCAUCUACAGUUGGCGAGUGUCAAUUUACCCGGAGGGGAGCUGAGAAGGAAAACGACCAGAAGACGAAUUGGCUAUGCGGGAUUAUCUUGUCGAAGGCAGUUUAUUUCAGCCGAAGUGCAACAAGUUCCACGAUGGAUCGAUAUUUUUGCACAACGAAGUUUAAAAUACGGCAAACUUGCAUUGAGUUGUGGUUCGAGUUCCUUCCCUACU